AAAAGUUGUUUACAUUUUGCUAGCCGAGUGUUUCGUAGUGUUGCUACCGAUGUCAGCUGAAAUUUGCCAUGAGAUUUUCUCAGACGUUUAGGACAAGUGGGUGGCAUUGUCAAUUGUCAACUAAUGGAGGAUUCAUUGCUAGCGCACACCAACAUCAGCUCGUAGUUAGAAGAUCAGAAACCGGCGAAAUUGUUCAGUCCUUUACGUGUGAUGACGCUAUUGAGAAAAUUGCAUGGUCUCCGGAUUCUGAAUACUUGCUGUGUGCACUCUACAAAAGAUGCAGAGUGCAGAUAUUUUCCCUUACUGAUUGUGACUGGAGGUGCAGAGUAACAGAAGGCACGAGUGGUCUCAUAGAUGCUUUAUGGUGUCCUGAUAGCAGACACAUUCUGACCAUAGGUGAAUUCUAUGCAUGUGUCAGCAUUUGGUCACUUGUAAACUGUUCUGUCUUAUAUAUACACAAUCUAAAGUCGACAGCCUCUCCUGCUUUGUCGUUUAGUCCUGAUGGCAGUUACCUAGCAGUGAUAGAAGACCAUGGGUCCACAAGCAAGAUUUCAUUCUUUGACCCGACAGCCUGGAAACUGAUUAAGCAUGUUUCGUGCGAUGACUUUCUGGGUGUUGGCGGAAUGUCUUGGUCCCCUAAUGGCUCAACAUUAUGUUUGUGGGACAACAAGCUCCACCAGUGUUCUGUGAAACUGUUUUGCAUGGAAACUGGGUCAUGGAUAGGCCAAUAUAAGCACAAUUGUCUUGGUGCCAAAGUAGUUGCAUGGUCACCAUCAGGACAGCUUCUUGCCAUUGGCUGCUGGGAUGGCACUGUGCUGCUAUUGAAUUAUAUAACAUGGGAACCUCUUGUGGUGAUCAAACAUAGCAACGAGCUGAGUGACUCAGACUGCACCAUUUACAGACAACCAGUAGAUAAGGAGAAAACUGACAUCAGCUAUAGCACUGAAGUAGUAAAAUAUCGCCCAGUGACAGUGAUACCAUUGGCCUGGGACAAGGGAGGUGACAGCUGGAAAAACCGGGGUGUCGGUGUGUUGAACUUCAGUAGCUGUGGCUCGUGGCUGGUGACACGCGAUGACAGCAUGCCUGCUCUUGCAUGGGUCUGGGAUUUGAAUGGCUGCCUUGUCAGUGCUGUCAUCCACAGUGAGCCCAUUACAGGUAUGAUCUGGGAUCCACAGAAAGCAUGUUUGCUAUCAACUACUAACACUUCUACCAUCACCAUUCUAAAUGUCACUAAAGGAGCAAAAUGCAUGACAGUACCCAAUGGAUCAGCUCUUGGUGAAGUUUUAGUGAAGAGGAUAUUGUGUGACCCAUUUGGGCGGUAUGCUGUCCUUGUAGGUAGAACUCGAUUUGUCAUUCUCUAUUCAAAGUAAAUCUUCAAGACACUUGGUGAUGCCUUUGUACUGAGGACUGUUUUGAUUGAAGUGUUAAAGUUCUAUUGAUUAUCUGCAUCAUUUGGACAAUAGAUGGCUUUUGAUAUUUGUGUUGUCAGGGAUUUUAUUUUACUGAAACAUUGUUUGUUCAGUUUCAGUUGUUUAGUAAGGUGAUACUGUUAUUGAUUAAUCUACUUAGUUUUAUGUACCGGUAUAUCUAGCUUGCAUAUUUUGGCUUGUUCAUGCCUGUUUAAAAGAUA